CAAUUCUCUCCCUCUUGCGACGGAAAACCAAAACCCUUAGCAGAGUCGCAUCGUUCUUUGUCCCUUCUCCAUCUAAAUGGAGAAUUCAUCAAUCUCUCUCUCUCUCUCUUAUUUCUCGUGUCUCAAAUCUCUCUGUCUCUCAUUGUGAUUGAAACCCCUCCAAAACCCCUAAGUCGAGAAUCACAUCGUUUUUUUCUUCAUUCUCCGUCGAAUUCAAGGCUCCAUCCUUAGUUAUUUGUGCGACUUUUGCACUAUCUACCUGCGAGGCCACUAGUUGAGACUAGCAUCACUCUCUUUCUUGAUCUUCUACCUGAUAUCCCUUUAUGGAUGAAGAAUCCUGACUAUGAAAGAGUGGACUGGCUCCACAGAUUUAUCUCAUACAUGUGGCCCUACCUCGAUAAGGUUGUUUGCGAGAUUAUCCGGAGCUCCGCACAACCCAUAUUUGCAGAUUACAUUGGCACUUUCUGUAUAGAAUCCAUUGAGUUCGAGAAACUGAGCCUUUCACUCACAGUUCAUGGUAUUAAGUUUUAUGAGACCAACGAGAAGGAGCUUCUGUUUGAACCUUCAAUCAAGUGGGCAGGCAAUUCAUAUAUUGUUUUGGUGUCAGAAACAUAAGCUGCGCAUGGUUGUAUAGAGUUUAUAGUUUAGAAUACGUUGUAUGAGUCUGAGUAAGCAUAGUGUUAAAAUUGAAGGAAGACUACUGUCCAAGUGUCCAUGUCAUCUUAGUGUUAACACUUCACUUGACUGCGUCAAGUUGACAAUAAAUAAGAAAUUGAGUAUCUCUAUUGUUUUGAACUUUUCUUCGUGGUAGUUAAAACUUGAAUGUAUAAAACUUGUAUCUGUUGCAAAAGACAUGUUAGAAUAACUAAUUUUAUUAAGUUUA